AGUAUUGCCCUAGAGAUAAAGCCUAGAGGUAAUCAUAGACUCCUCAGACUCAUACCGCCGCUAUCAAACCUUUAUAUACACACCUUCACACACUCUUCUCUCUCUGUGUCUCGGCCGCCUCGCCCUUUUCUAUUCAAAUCAAAUCAUCCAACUUUUACAGACUCUCUAAAUAUAAGACAUGAGGGGAAGAAGUUACAGUCCUUCACCGCCAAGGGGCUUUAACAGAAGAGGAAGGAGUCCCAGUCCCAGGGGUAGGUACAAUGGGGGUCGCAGUAGAGAUCUUCCUACCAGUCUUCUAGUACGCAACCUUAGGCAUGACUGCAGGGCUGAAGAUCUUCGGAGGCCAUUUGAACAGUUUGGUAAUCUCAAGGACAUAUAUUUGCCAAGGGACUACUAUAGUGGGGAGCCACGAGGAUUUGGCUUUGUGCAGUUUGUAGAUCCUGCUGAUGCUCAAGAAGCUAAAUAUCAGAUGGAUGGUCAGGUUCUCCUGGGUCGGCAGCUUACAGUCGUAUUUGCUGAGGAGAACAGGAAGAAGCCAACUGAUAUGAGGCACAGGGAACACAGGGGUGGCCGAUUUUCUGAUAGACGCCGUUCACCGCCUCGUUACUCUCGUUCACCAUCUCCAGCCCCUCGCUACUCUGGCUCACGAUCUCGUGACUACUCACCACCUCACAAGAGAAGGCAGUAUUCAAGGUCUGUCUCACCUGAAGAAAAGAGGUAUAGUCGGGAAAGGUCAUACUCACGGUCACCUGUGAGGGAGCGGUCUCCACCCUAUAAUGGUUCAAGGAUCCGCAGUCAUAGUCUUGGAAGGGAUGCAAGCCCAAAUCCUCCAGUAGCUCGUUCUCCUUCUAGAGGUCGGAGUCCUAGUCGAAGCCGUAGCAGGAGUCCAGAUCCCCAGCAUUACUCCAGGGGACCUGGGAGGGACCGCUCACCCAGUCAGUGAGUUCUUUGCUGGAUCCUGAGCUAGUGUUUAUGCUCGGAAGUCUAAUGUAAUCCUCCCUCAGAACUAUGCAUCACAUUACUCUAGCUGUAGUAUGGGUUUGUUUGUUAAACUUGAAUGGUUGUAAACUUAUGAAGUAGGAUGCUUUAUGCUUGUAUGGGUGUGGGACCACUCUAAAAGUUGUUUAUUUUGACUAGUUUGUAUUUCUUGUUCUGGAUAAUUUUAUAACUAUUAUGUAGUUGAAGAUUCUGUGGAA